CCCUGAGCCGGCGCCGGUUGUGCGGGCCCGUUCACGCUUGUUCAGGGGCAGGUCCCGGAAGCAGCCCGUGCCGGGAGAGGCUGGUACUGGGGUCCGGGAAUCCGGAUCCUGGCCCAGCGGGUGGGCACGAUGCGGCUGGGUUCCGGGACCUUUGCCGCCUGCUGUGUGGUGAUCGAAGUGCUCGGGGUCGCGCUCUUCCUUCGGGGAUUCUUCCCGACUCCGGUUCGUUCCUCUUCCAGGACGGAGCACCAGGCAGAGCCCCCUGCGCCCGAACCCUCGGCUGGAGCCAGUUCCAACUGGACCAAGCUCCCACCACCUCUAUUCAGAAAAGUUGUUAUUAUGCUGAUAGAUGGCUUGAGAGAUGAUUUUGUGUUUGGGUCAAAGGGUGUGAAAUUUAUGCCCUACACAACUUAUCUUGUGGAGAAAGGAGCAUCUCACAGUUUUGUGGCUGAAGCAAAGCUGCCUACAGUUACUAUGCCUCGAAUCAAGGCGUUGAUGACAGGGAGCCUCCCUGGCUUCAUCGAUGUUGUCAGGAACCUCAAUUCCCCUGCACUGCUGGAAGACAAUGUGAUCACACAGGCAAAAGCAGCUGGGAAAAGAAUUAUCUUUUAUGGAGAUGAAACAUGGGUGAAAUUAUUCCCAAGGCAUUUUGUGGAAUAUGAUGGAACAACCUCAUUUUUUGUGUCAGAUUAUACAGAGGUAGAUGAUAAUGUUACGAGGCAUUUGGAUAAAGUAUUAAAAAGAGGGGAUUGGGAUGUGUUAAUCCUCCACUACCUGGGACUGGACCACAUUGGCCACGUCUCUGGGCCCAGCAGCCCUCUGAUCGGGCACAAACUCCGGGAGAUGGAUAGCAUCCUGAUGAAGAUCCACACCUCACUGCUGUCCGAGGAGAGAGAGACUCUUGUACCCAAUUUGCUGGUUCUUUGUGGUGAUCAUGGCAUGUCAGAAACAGGAGGUCACGGCGCCUCUUCCGUGGAGGAGCUAAACACCGCCCUGAUCUUAAUCAGUUCUGCAUUUGAAAGAAAACCUGGUGACAUCAGACGUCCAAAGCAUGUUCAACAGACUGACUUGGCUGCAACCCUAGCAAUAGGGCUCGGUCUCCCGAUCCCAGGGAGCAGUGUCGGCAGCCUCCUGUUCCCUACGGUGGAAGGGAGACCGGUGAGAGAACAGCUGAGGUUUUUACAUUUAAAUGCAGUGCAGCUCAGCAAAUUGUUGCAAGAGAACGUGCCCUCAUACACAAAAGAGCCUGGAUUUGAGCAGUUUAAAAUGUCAGAGAGGUUGCAUGGGAACUGGAUCAGACUGUACUUGGAGGAAAAUAACUCAGAAGUCCUUUUCAACCUGGGAGCCAAGGUUCGAAGGCAGUACUUGGAUGCCCUGAGGACCCUGAGCCUGUCCCUGAGCAGACAAGUGGCCCAGUAUGACAUCUACUCGAUGCUGGUGGGGACUGUCAUGGUUUUGGAGGUUCUAGCCCUGCUCCUACUCAGCAUCCCGCAAGCUCUGAGCAGCGAGGCUGAACUGGAGGUUCCUCUCUGGUCGCCUGUGUUUUCUCUGCUGUUUUAUUUGAUGUUCCUGGUUCUUUCUGCUCUUCACGUCAUUGUGUGCACCUCGGCCGAGAGUUCCUGCUAUUUCUGUGGCCUCUCAUGGCUGACAGCAGGCGGAGUGAUGGCGUUGAUCUCUGCACUGCUCUGUGCAGUCGGGUCUGCUCUUGCCAAGAUGUUUGCCGAUGGAAAAUUCCUGAGCAAGAAUCCAGCUCAUCCAAAGGCACGAUGGUCAGAGUUAGAUGUUCUUAUCUUACUCGGGACCAUGGGCCACGUGCUGAGUCUGGGUGCAAGCAGCUUCAUCGAGGAGGAGCACCAGACCUGGUAUUUCCUCAUUAAUACCCUGUGUCUGGCUCUGUGUCACGAAAUCUACAGAAACUGCUUUCUGAGGGACGACUGUGAGCCCCAGCAAUGCUCACACGUGGAGGAGGGAUUCGUCAGCCCUGCACCAGCAUUACAGGACAGGAGCAUCCGCUGUAACAUGUUAGAGCCCCACAGAGUGUCUAAGGGCCCCACUUCCCUUGACACGCUCAGAGGCUAUGAGAAGUGGAUGGUGUUAGCAAGCCCAUGGGUGAUACUUACCUGCUGUCGGCUGCUGCGGUCACUAAACCAGACGGGUGUGCAGUGGGCCCACCGGCCUGACCUGGGGCAUUGGCUCACCAGCUCAGAUCACAAAGCCGAACUCUCUGUUCUGGCUGCCCUUUCGCUCAUCGUGAUUUUCGCACUGGUUCAGAGGAGGUGCUCUCUGACGUCAAAAGUAGCCAUGGCACUUGGGCUGCUGGGCGUCUAUUGCUACCGGGCGGCCAUUGGAAAUGUCCUGUUCCCAUGGCAACGAGACAGCAAAGACAUUUCAAAGGGUGUUAUUGAAGCUCGUUUUGUUCAUGUCUUUGUCCUUGGCAUUCUGUUCACGGGCACCAAAGACUUGCUUAAAUCUCAAGUCAUUGCUGCAGACUUCACAAUCAAGACUGUGGGUUUAUGGGAGAUAUAUAGUGGAUUAGUUCUUCUGGCCGCUUUGCUUUUUAGACCACAUAAUCUGCCAGUCUUAGUGUUUAGCCUCUUCAUUCAAACUAUAAUGACUAAAUUCAUCUGGAAGCCUCUGAGGCAUGACGCAGCUGAGAUCACUAUAAUGCAUUAUUGGUUCGGUCAAGCAUUCUUCUAUUUCCAGGGAAACUCCAACAGCAUAGCCACGGUGGAUGUCUCAGCGGGCUUCGUGGGCCUGGACACCUACAUGGAGGUCCCAGCUAUGUUCCUGACAGCGUUUGCCACGUUUGCAGGGCCUGUGCUGUGGGCCAGCCAUUUAGUGAGCUUCCUGAGCUCAGAAACCAGCGGUUCUGCACUGGGUCAUGCUUGCUUCUGCUAUGCACUGAUCUGUUCUUUUCCAGUCUCUGCGUAUAUCAUUUUGGUGACAUCCCUCCGUUACCAUUUAUUUAUAUGGAGUGUGUUUUCUCCAAAACUCCUUUAUGAGGGGAUGCAUAUCCUCAUCACAGCUGCCAUCUGUGCAUUCUUCACAGCCAUGGAUCAAACUAACACGAAGUCUUAGGCACUGGAGAAACAAUGUAUUUUUAAGGUCUACUAUUCACUUCAUGCUUUUGUUUCUUUUUUUAUUUUUUUUUCAAGGUACGGGCCCCUAUUCACUUCAUGCAGUUGGGUAGUGAAAAAAAAAUCUGUCUAAAUGCAAGGACGUUCUAAAGAAAAUUGUGAAUUCUACAAAAUUGAAUAGUUUCAGUUUCUUUCACUGCUGUACUUGAAUUUAGAUUAAAUAGUAGUUUAAAAGGUCACUUUAAAAUAUUUAGUUUCGGGGUUCCUGGGUGGCUCAGUCGUUAAGCGGCUGCCUUCGGCUCAGGUCAUGAUCCCAGGGUUCUGGGAUCGAGUCCCGCAUCGGGCUCCCUGCUCAGCGGGAAGCCUGCUUCUCCCUCUCCCGCUCCCCCUGCUUGUGUUCCCUCUCUCGCUGUGUCUCUCUCUGUCAAAUAAAUAAAAUAAAAUAUUUAGUUUGAAUAUGAAUCAUAUUCCCCUGUUGACAAUCACUCCAUAAAGUUCUGAACUUUUAAUUUCCUCUGGAUAAUAUUUCACUCAAAUAUCUGUGUUUAAAUUGAUGAAUAAAGAUGUCUCAGGUUUAUUGUGGUGUUUGUGGACCUCAGAAAGCCUGGGAACUCUGGGAGAAGGUUUACCUGCUGCUGGAGUUUACCUCGAAGAACCCAGAACCCUUAAUGACCCUAGAAACCACUGGAGGUCCCAAGGAGCAUUAGUGUGUGUUACAUCUGUCAACAUUAAGACAUUUCAAAAACUAUUCGUUGAAAGUAAAGAUAUAAACUCAUUCCAUCUUAACAUAGAAUAUUUUUAAGAAAAAUAACUUUUCCAAAACAAGAAUAUUUACUGAGGAGAGCGGCAUUGUUUUACGUUUUUGCACAUCUUUAGUGUCUUAAUUGAAGAUUAAGUUCUUCAAUUAGAGUAGGUUAGAUUCUGCAUUCAGUCUGUUGUCAUCUGUGAAGUAGUCACAUAGAUAUGUAGUUGGGAAAGGGAGGAAUAUUUUAUUUUUUAUUUAAAUUCAGUUAAUUAACAGUGUAUUAUUAGUUUCAGAGGUAGAGUUCAGUGACUCAUCAGUCUUAUAUAACACCCAAUGCUCAUUACAUCACGUG